UGCCGCUGCGCCAUUCAAUUGUGGAAAAUGCCACCAGAUGGCGGCUUAGGAUUGCUGCUCUGUUGAAAGGCGCGGUUCCGCUCUCGGUCCAAUUUCCAAUUAAAAAUCGUCCCCUUUUUGUGGCUUUUUACUAUAUUUUAACAUCUUGGAGUGUUAAACGGUACCGGAAUGGACACGAAAGUAGGAAGACGUUGGAUAUCAAGAUGAGGAGGAGAGUGAGGACAGAGCCAAGGAUCAGAUGGUGGAAGUUGAAAAAGGAAGACUGUAAGGUUGAAUUCAGGGAGGAGAUUACAUCGGGUCAUGUCUGCCUUGAAGAGUUCAAGAGAAACUAUUUCAAAAAGCUCCAAUAACGAAUUUCCAAAGCACUUGUGAAUUACUUUAGCUACUGUGUGAAUUUGAAAAGCUGUUUUUUUAACAAUGAUAACGUCAGAAUUACCUGUGUUGCAGGACUCAACAAAUGAGUCUGGCCAGGUGGAAACUGUAAGUUUGAGUGUCACCAUGAGUGAAAUGGAGGAUACUGGUGAAGUUAAAGGCAAGAGAAAAAGAGGACGACCCGGUAGACCACCGUCUGCCAACAAGAAGCCUCGAAAAUCCCCUGCAGAAAAGAGCCAGUUUUCAGGACCUAGGGGGAGUAGGAAAGCUAAUGGUGUUCCCCAGCAAAAUGGAGAAGGAGAGCCCAUCACACUGUUUGAAGUUGUGAAGAUGGGCAAAAGUGCCAUGCAGAGUGUUGUUGACGAUUGGAUUGAGUCCUACAAGCAAGAUAGAGAUAUAGCACUUCUUGAUCUGAUCAACUUCUUUAUUCAGUGUUCUGGGUGUAAAGGAACUGUACGAAUUGAGAUGUUCAGGAACAUGCAAAAUGCAGAAAUCAUCAGAAAAAUGACAGAAGAAUUUGAUGAGGACAGUGGUGAUUAUCCACUCACCAUGCCAGGUCCUCAGUGGAAGAAAUUUCGUUCCAACUUCUGUGAAUUUAUUGGAGUUUUAAUUCGGCAGUGUCAAUACAGCAUAAUUUAUGAUGAAUACAUGAUGGACACUGUUAUAUCUUUACUGACUGGACUUUCAGAUUCCCAAGUUCGAGCUUUCAGACAUACCAGUACACUUGCAGCUAUGAAGCUUAUGACAGCACUUGUCAAUGUUGCCUUGAACUUGAGCAUCCACCAAGACAACACACAGAGGCAGUAUGAGGCAGAGAGAAACAAAAUAGCUGGAAAGCGGGCAAAUGAGAAAUUAGAGCUUCUUUUGGAGAAAAGAAAAGAGCUUCAGGAAAAUCAGGAUGAAAUUGAAAACAUGAUGAACUCAAUCUUCAAGGGUAUUUUUGUUCACAGAUAUAGAGAUGCAAUUGCUGAGAUAAGAGCAAUUUGCAUAGAGGAAAUUGGUGUUUGGAUGAAAAUGUACAGUGAUGCUUUCCUUAAUGACAGCUAUCUGAAAUAUGUUGGUUGGACAUUGCAUGAUCGUCAAGGUGAAGUCCGGCUGAAGUGCUUGAAAGCUCUGCAAAACUUGUACACAAACAGAGAACUCUUUCCAAAGUUGGAGCUGUUUACUAACAGAUUUAAGGAUAGAAUUGUUUCCAUGACUCUUGAUAAAGAGUAUGAUGUGGCUGUAGAAGCUAUACGAUUGGUUACAUUAAUUUUACAAGGCAGUGAAGAUGCUCUGUCAAAUGAAGAUUGUGAAAAUGUUUACCAUUUGGUUUACUCGGCUCAUAGACCUGUUGCAGUAGCAGCUGGAGAAUUUUUGCAUAGAAAGCUGUUUAGUAGGCAUGACCCGCAAGCAGAGGAGGCCUUAGCCAAAAGAAGAGGGAGAAAUAGCCCCAAUGGCAAUCUUAUUCGAAUGCUUGUUCUGUUCUUCUUGGAAAGUGAGCUUCAUGAGCAUGCAGCCUAUUUAGUUGACAGUUUAUGGGAGAGCUCACAGGAGCUGUUGAAAGAUUGGGAAUGUAUGACUGAGCUGCUCCUGGAAGAGCCUGUGCAAGGAGAAGAAGUAUUAUCAGAUCGACAAGAGAGUGCUCUUAUAGAGCUAAUGGUGUGUACAAUCCGGCAAGCUGCUGAAGCUCAUCCUCCAGUUGGUAGAGGAACCGGAAAACGUGUGCUGACUGCUAAAGAAAGGAAAAUGCAAAUAGAUGACAAAAAUAAGAUAACUGAACACUUCAUCAUGGCACUUCCAAUGCUUCUCUCUAAGUAUCAAGCAGAUUCUGAGAAGGUGGCAAACCUGUUACAAAUUCCACAGUAUUUUGACUUAGAAAUAUAUAGUGCAGGGAGAAUGGAAAAGCACCUUGAUGCCUUGUUAAAACAAAUUAAAUUUGUGGUGGAAAAGCACACUGAAACAGAGGUACUUGAAGCUUGUAGCAAAACCUACAGUAUUCUGUGCAGCGAGGAGUACACCAUCAUGAACAGAGUGGAUGUGGCCCGCAGUCAGCUUAUUGAUGAAAUGGUGGAUCGAUUCAAUCACUCUGUAGAAGAUUUGCUGCAAGAGGGUGAAGAAGCUGAUGAUGAUGACAUUUAUAAUGUUCUCUCCACUUUGAAACGACUAACAGCUUUUCAUAAUGCACAUGAUCUAACCAGAUGGGAUUUAUUUGGCAACUGUUACAGGCUUUUGAAGAGUGGUAUUGAACAAGGAUCAAUGCCUGAGCAGAUUGCAGUGCAGGCUCUGCAAUGUUCUCAUUAUUCUAUUCUUUGGCAUUUAGUCAAAAUUACAGAAAGUUCUCCGUCUAAGGAAGAUUUACUUGCACUAAGAAAGGUUGUGAAAUCUUUUCUUGCUGUUUGUCAGCAGUGUCUAUCAAAUGUGAACACUCCAGUUAAAGAACAGGCAUUUAUGCUGCUAUGUGAUCUUUUAAUGAUCUUCAGCCACCAAUUAACAACAGGAAGCCGAGAAGGACUCCAACCACUCAUCUUUAAUCCAGAUAGUCAACUUCAGAAUGAACUUCUUAGUUUUGUUUUGGAUCAUGUUUUCAUAGAUCAGGAUGAGGAAAACCAAAGCAUGGAAGGGGAUGAAGAAGAUGAGGCUAAUAAAAUUGAAGCCUUACAUAAGCGGAGAAACCUCCUAGCAGCCUUCAGCAAACUUAUUAUUUAUGACAUUGUUGAUAUGCAUGCAGCUGCUGAUAUCUUCAAACACUAUAUGAAGUACUAUAAUGACUAUGGUGAUAUCAUUAAGGAAACACUAAGCAAAACCAGGCAAACUGAUAAAAUACAGUGUGCAAAAACUCUUAUUCUCAGCUUACAACAGCUUUUUAAUGAGCUAAUUCAGGAGCAAGGUCCCAAUUUGGACAGGACCUCAUCUCAUGUCAGUGGAAUUAAAGAGUUGGCUCGCAGAUUUGCUCUUACCUUUGGUUUGGAUCAAAUCAAAACCAGAGAAGCUGUUGCAACAUUGCACAAGGACGGUAUCGAAUUUGCAUUUAAAUAUCAGAAUCCAAAAGGACCAGAAUAUCCUCCUCUAAACCUUGCAUUCCUGGAAGUUCUUAGUGAGUUUUCCUCUAAACUACUUCGCCAAGACAAAAAGACAGUUCACUCAUACCUGGAGAAGUUCAUGACAGAACAAAUGAUGGAGCGACGAGAAGAUGUGUGGCUACCCCUCAUCUCUUACCGAAACUCCUUGCUUACUGGUGGAGAUGAAGACAGAUUAUCUGUUACCAGUGGAAGUGGCAGCAACAAAACAUCUUCAGUACGAAGUAAAAAAGGGAGACCUCCACUUCAUAAAAAACGAAUAGAAGAAGAAAGUGUUGAAGGAUCGUGGCUCAUGAGAAAUGAUAGUAUACAGACGCCAGGUGCUUUACAAACACCACAGCUUACAUCCACGGUACUACGAGAAAACCCAAGACAAGCGGCUGAGCACAUGCCCCCAGAUCAAGGCUCUGAACCCAGCUCUGAAGCAGAUUAUGUACACAAUCAACAGAUGCAAAUGUCCUGGUUAGGACAGCAAAAGCUGGAUGAAGUAAGUCGGAAAGACAGAACAAAUAUGAAUUACCUUAAAGCCAGAGCUGGUGUAAGGCAGACUGUUCGAGGACUAAUGGAAGAUGAUGCAGAACCAAUCUUUGAAGAUGUAAUGAUGUCUUCACGUGGACAGUUGGAAGACAUGAAUGAAGAAUUUGAGGAUACCAUGGUCAUUGAUCUUCCGCCCUCCAGGAACAGACGUGAACGAGCAGAAUUAAGACCUGAUUUCUUUGAUUCUGCAGCUAUUAUAGAAGAUGAUUCGGGUUUUGGGAUGCCUAUGUUCUGAAAAUUGGAUAAAGAACAUUUCCAGACAAAAACUGAAAUGCUUUUGGAGCAAGGGGCCUUUAUACUGUGAUUGCUUGUUACAUAACAUUUAAAAUUAAUCCAGAUUUAUUUUGACUCAAAAAAGAAGAGAAGAAGAGGAAAAUAUAACUGUUAAGAAUCUUAUGUAAAAAAUAAGUAAAUAAAUAAAUAAAAAAUAAAUCAUAAUGGACUGUUCCCCUGGUAGCACAUUUGGUGAUGGUACUCACCCAAGACAGCACUAAGUGUUGUAAUGUGCAAUCCAUUCAACAACUGGUGCAAUUUGGAAUGUGGAAGACUGACAGAAGACAAAGCCACAGUGGGGUAAAAUUCUAAACAUUUGUGGGCAAAAAAUAACAUGCUCUAUAUGUAAAGAGGAAAAGAAACCUCCCGUGACGUCUCAGCAUAGUAUUUUUUUUUUUUUUUUUUUUUAACUGAUGUUUUAAAUUUCAUGCCUAUAGUGUUAAAUAGCAACAGCUCAAGUACUAGACUAGAAGCAAGAUGUGUUUUUGAGUCACACUGGAUUUGGUUAACAUUGUGGUACACUUUACUCUGGAGAUAAAAUGAUUCUUCUUGUUUUCCAUCUUUUUACAUAUGUAAAUGUUUGAUAACUGUUUCUGGCAAUAAUGUCAGAUUGUUGUAUCAAUAUGUGGUCAUAUGACCUGCUAAAGAGUCCUUUAAUUUGUAUUUUACAACAUUUUUAUACACGGUGAGAGAUUGUGUGUGUAUGUGUAUGUGUGUAUGGAUUUCACUAUAUAUAUACACACACACACACACACACUAAAUUUGUGUUAGUUGUGUCUCUCCCUUUCCAGUGUUACUGCUUUUAUUUAGCUGUACACACUGGGUUUACAACUAUGCCAGUAUUCAAUGACGUGAUUGAAGUGUUGAGGCAAUAGAUGAUCAAGUCAUGGAAUAACUUUUAAUUAAAAAAAUCGUGCUGAAUAAAGGGAUUGGUUUUAUUGCCUCUUGGUCAUCCCCACUCUCAGAAUAUUUUAAAUUUUCUUAGCGGGAGUGUGACACAAAUACUUACUUAAUUGUGGAGUUGACCAAACCACUUUAAAUGUCCAUCCCAUCAAAAAUCACUUUGUACCUUUUGUGCAGAAUGUCAAGGCUGAAAACCAGCAGGCAGGCUAGCUAUCCACAAAAGUUGGAUUAUUUUAAAACAAUGUUAAAAUAUCUUUAAAAAUUCAUUUUGCAGGAAAAAAUAAAUAAAAUAAAAAAACAAGCAUUUUUACAUGUACAGGCAAAACUAGCUCUUAAAAUAUUUUCCAAAACAAAUCACACAUACCAUGAUACCCAGGUUUUUAAAAGAAAAAUUAAAAAAGAUA